CCGUUUGGAGCUCCCGGCCUGGGCAGCGCCCCGGGCCGCGGCUGUGAACGCUGCCCGUCGUUCGGAGGUUGCAGCUUUGCCAGGCUCAGCAGAAAGGGUGGGAUGUCGCUGCUCGGGCUCUCCAGCAGGUCGCCUGUUUUGCGUGUGAAACCAUCCUGCUUUGACUGUUGCAUUUGAUCUUGUAACACAGAAUCCUCACGUGCACACGGAUGAAGCUGAUAAGGGGGUGCACAGCAAGAUAACUUAACCUGUACAUGUGUGAAGAAAAUAUGACUGUAACAGAGGAUUUUAGUAGAGUAGAAAAUACUUACCAAAUGGAAGCAGAGGUCUGUAUUGUAUUCAGCGAUUUUGGAAAAAUGCAGAAUGUUUGCAAUCUACUCAUUGAAAAGUUAGGAACCUCUGUUACCAUCAGUCCACCUCAUUUUUACCAUACACCAGAAGCUAUAGACACCCUUCGAAUAGUGCCUGGUGCAAGAAUCAAGCUCAACCAGCUGCAGCUGACAGUUCUGGAGAUGUCAGAAGUGUAUCAUCUCAAGGGUAUCUACACAGGAACCUGGAAAUCAGGCCAGUGAGGUUAAAUAGGUGCUAGUAUGCCUUAGAACCGAGCCACCCAAAUGCCUGGAGCAAGGGCUGAACUCUUGCUCUGCACCACACACCACCGAUGUCUGCAGCCUGUGGGAGUUAGAAAUGCUUGAUCAUAGCUGAUGGGGAUGCUGACAUUUUCUUCACACACUCUCCCCUCAAACUCCUAAACUAUCACCCAGAAGCUGGUGGAAGGUGAUGCACCUUACACCUCUGCAGUUACAAAAGCUGAGGUAUUAACAAAAGAAAUGCUUGGCAGGAGUACUUGUACAUCAGUUGGCCCUACAUGUUAUUGUGCUGCUUUUUCUACCUCCCAGCCGUCAAGUGUGUGUUGCUGCUGUUGGAAACACACGGCAGAAGGCUCACGAAGUCUGUCGACUGUUUGGCCAGUCAUUGGGAAAACCUUUAUUAAUAAGAGAAGAAGAAACAAAAGA